AUGACUGCGAUAUCCGCUCCCCCACCUGUUCACUCAGCCCUAGAUGCCAUCGGCAACACACCAUGCGUACGACUGCGUAGUGUUGUUCCGGAAGGUAGCGCCGACGUGUAUCUGAAGCUUGAGUCUCUCAACCCCACGGGCUCCUACAAAGAUCGCCUGGCCAGAGCCAUAGUUGAAGAGGCAGAGCGCCGAGGAGACUUGAAGCCAGGCUCGACUAUAGUCGAAGCCACCGGCGGUAGCACGGGGUCUUCUCUGGCCUUUGUAUGCACCUUGAAGGGGUACGGGUUCCAUGCCGUCUGCUCGGAUGUCUUCGCCAAAGAGAAAUUGCGCACGAUGGCUGCUUUCGGGGCUUUUGUCGAUAUCGUCCACAGUCCCACCGGAAAGAUUACGCCAGAUUUGUUUCCGUCUAUGGUCAAGAACAAGGACUGUAUGGCGGGUUACAAGACUCUUGGAGACGAGUUGGCCCCGCAGUUUCCGCAAGGAAUUGAUGCCUUCUGCGGUGCCAUUGGCGGCGCUGGCAUGGUGAUGGGAGUUGCAAAGGUGCUUAAAGGUGUGCGUGCCGAUACAAAGAUUAUCACGCUUGAGCCUGCAUCAUCGCCCGUUGUUGCCAAGGGACACGGAGGUGUCCAUGGAAUUGAAGGUAUCAGCCCCGGAUUUGUUCCCCCAUUGCUUGACGACACCUUAUACGACGAAGCACGAGCGUAUCCGGAGGAUGAGGCGCGGGCCAUGUGCCGUAGACUCGCAAAGGAAGAGGGACUUUUGACGGGAACUUCAACAGGACUUAAUGUUGUUGGAGCUCUAUCCUUGGCUAAGGAACUUGGCCCUGGCAAAGUGGUUGUCACGGUGGCUUGUGAUACGGGUCUUAAGUACACGAGCGGCACUCUGUAUGAAUAG